GUUUAGUUAGCGUUUUAUCGCGUAUUUGGGUUCUUUAACAAUAGAUAUGGUUAAGAGGUGUAGUCACGGACUUUAUAAUAGUGACGACAGGUAUCCUGAAAGGCUAGUUGGUGGAGUUCGAUUCGUACCCUUUCCAAAACCGAAGACCCAGUACGAAAAAUGCCUUCUAUGGAUCAAACUUUGUGGAAGACCGCAUCAUCAACUAAAUCCAUCUAAUAUCAACCGGAACAGAUGUUUGCACGAAGCCGAUGCUGGAGUGCGCUGUGCAAAGGGGCCUGGUCUACAACAAGGUGACCCCCUUCUUUCAUCACUGGCGGGUGGACGAGCGCAAGUUCGGCCUCACCUUCCAGAGUCCAGCCGACGCCAGCUCCUUCGAGAAGGGUCUGCAGGCAGUCAUCGACAAGCUGGACCGAGGCUCGGACUCGCCCUCGUCGUCCACGCCGGAGGAGGCGGACACCGAGGACGAUGGGCAAGCUGCAGCGAGUCAUCAUCCAACAGCAGGAAGGAGAUGCUUCCCAAGCCCGUCACCAUCGUCACCAGCGAGUCGUCCUCCACCUGCUUCGUGCGGACCGAAGACUUUGCGUUUACAUCUGGUGGCGCCACACAGACGCCUGCCCAGAUCCACGCCAGGCCGGGACAACACCAGGUCUCGCCAAUGACCGCCGCCUUGAGUGCCCCGUCACCGCCGCCUCAGCCCGCCGCUCUGCCGUCCCCACCCGCAGGCCCCCCGGCCUCGUCGCCCUUGUCCCCCCUUUCGCCAACCAUUUCCCUGCUGGAGGAGGGGGACCUACGCAGCGUGGAUCCGUGCAAGGACCUGCGGGGGUCCAGAAAAUAUGGGGACUAUCGACAAGGAAGUUCCACUAUGACUAUGACUAGGACUAGGACUAUGGUUGGGGGGCUGACCGGAGGCGUCGUCGUAGGUAGCAGGGGGAGCCUCCAGGACAAAUCAGAGCUCUGCGGGGUCCGGUUUGAGAAGGAGAUGUCCGGGGUGGGCACGGGGGGCUGCGAUGUUACGGUGAGUCUGGACAGCAAGGCGGCCCAGCGUCUGUCCUCAUCCUCACCCACCUGCAUGUCCAUCCCCAACGUUGUGUCCGGCGUGUCCUCAGGGGCCGGCUCCCCCCAAGAGACCGGCAAAGGCUCCCCUUCACCCUGCUGCAUACACACCUCCCUGGCCACACCCCGCUCGCGGACUCGUAAGAGGGGCGGCGGGACCUGCGGGGACACGGGUGCCAUCUACCCCGAUGACGACAGUCUGUGCCCGCAGGGAUCGUCGUCGUGCUCUUCCCGCUGCGUGUACUGCCGUUCGGUGUUCAGCGCCUCGGAGAACGGCCGAGGCCGUUGCAGGGAUGCCCCGGACCCGGCCCUGCACUGCCUGCGCCAGUGGACAUGCGUGUGGUGCGCCGAGAGCCUGCUCUACCACUGCAUGUCGGACUCCGAGGGCGAGUUCUGGGAGCCGUGCUCGUGUGACGACUCCAUGGGGGGACAUCUGCACCCCCUAUGCUGUGCUCGUUGGCUGGCCCUCGUGGCCCUGUCGCUCUUCGUGCCCUGCAUGUGCUGCUACCUGCCUUUGCGCGCUUGCCUGCGUUGCGGCGAGCGGUGCGGCUGCUGCGGGGGAAAGCACAAGGCGGUCCGAUGAGACCGGGCUCCGGGAAAGAAGCGAAAGGGGCACCCCGACGUGGGCCCCCAUUUCAUUUUCCGAAGCCCCCCCCCCACAGCCUUCCACUGCAUUCCGCUUUUUUUUUCUCUUUUCAACCCGGGGGGCCUUCUCAGACUGGGGGGGGGGGGUGUCUCACACGCGACCACCUUUCACGGAGCCUUUCAUUGUGGAUCCAAGCCGACAUCCAGUUGGUGACCCUGAGACUUAACGCAAGAAUGAGGGAUGAGGGUUGGUAAUGAUGAUAUGUAUGUUGUUUUGAAAUGUCUGAUUAGAAAGGAAAAAAACGAAAAAAAACCCAAAACACUUUACAGACACUCCCCAAUUUAUGUAACACGCAAUUAUGAUAUUGUCACUACGCAUUCGGUAACGCCUCUUUAAAACUUAAGUCACAGUGUUUGUCAACCUUUCUUGAGGCAAGGCAUAUGAAUGAAGCUGGGACAUCUUGGAAAAUGCAAUGAUUUCCAAAUCCUUCCAACCUACAUUCUGUUGAGUACACUACAAAGAAAUAAUAUUUUCAGUAAGUAACACUCCAACAGAAUAUCAAUACUUGAGUUACCUGUCAUUAGUCCAGACCCGUUUCCCAUUGAACAUUUCCGGUGCAUUAUGAAGUACAAAAUACGACGACAGACCCCGGACUGUUAAACAAGUCAAGCAACAAUGGAAAAUAAUUUCAAAUACUGUAAAAAGGUUCAGCAAUUAGUGUUGACAGUUCCCAAGGAUUGAUUCAAUGCUGGUAAAAAGGACAGGUGAUGCCACACAGUGGUAAACAUCCCCCUGUCCCAUCUUUUUUGCAAUGUGUUGCAGGUAUCGAAUUCAAAAUAAGUUAAACACUUGAAAAAAAAAAAGGAUCAGUUUGAACAGUCAAUAGGUUGUCAAGUGGUCAAUUGAAUACAAAAUGAAUUGGGCCCCUUUUCAAAUUAUUUUAUUUUUGUAAGGUUUCCCCAUUUUGAUUAGGAUCAUCAAAAAAUGUACAGUAAAUAUCAGACAAAUAUAACCCAAGUGAACGCAAAAUGCAGAUUUUUAAAUGCCAAUUUCAUUCAUGAAGAAAACAAACUUGAAAGUUACUUUGCCCUGUGGGAAAAAAAAAAAAGGAAUUACCACCCUUGUUAAAUCAUGCAAUUAUUAUGGGGAAUCAAUUUGUGGUCAGUUUUCACCAAUCACAUCCAAGGUGAUUAUCUCCACACCUGUUCAGUCAAGAAAUCACUCAAACAGAAUCUGUCCCCAAAGAAUAAAGCCAGAAAAAAUAUUUUAAAAAAGCUGCAAAAAAAAAAAAAAAGAAAAGAAACAAGGAAAUUCGACAGCAGUCGAGAAAUAUAGUAAUUUACUAUAACCUGAAACAAACAUUCCACAAAAUAGACAUUUCAAAGGCUUCAGGAUUGCAGCGAACCACAGUGGGAGCCAUUUUCCUUACAUGGGGAAAACAUGAAACAUUUGUGAACCUUCACAGGAAUGGCCGGCCUACAAAGAUUACGCCAAGAGAAACGUGGUACCUCAUUCAGGAGGCCGCAAAGGAAGUCAGGACAACUUCUAAAGUACUGCUGGCCUCCCUUGCCUCAUAUAAGGUUCGCAUUUACGACAUAACAAUAAGGAAGAGAUUGGGCAAAAAUGGCAUCCAUAGCAGAGUUCCGAGGUGAAUAUCACUGCUGACCUUAAAAAAAACAUCAGUUAUUCCAAAAAGCUUUGGGAGAGUAUUAGAUGGACUGCCCCGAUCAACGUUGAGAUUUUUGGAAUGUGUGUCUUUCGUUCCAUGUGGCGAAAACAUAGCACAGCAUUUCAUUAAAACAACAACAUGCCAACAGUCAAACAUGCCGGUUGCAGUCUGACGGUAAUGGGCUGCUUUUCUUCUUCAGGGCCUGGACAACAUGCUGUGAUUGAUGGAGCUAUGAAUUCUCCUCUCUAAUAGAAAAUCCUGAAGCAGAAUGCCCACCCCUAAGUUUGUGACCUCAAGCUAAAGAAUUCUUUGGUUCUGGAGCAGGAUAACGACCCAAAACACACCAGCAAGUCAACCUCUGAAUAGCCUUAAAAAUAGAUAAAUUAAGGUUUUGGAGUAGCUUAGUUGAACUCCAAACUUUAAUCCAAUUGAGAUGCAGCGACAUGACCUGAAAAAAUCCAUUAAUGCUUGGCAACCCUUCAUUUUUGCUAAAUUCAACAAUUCUGCAAGGAAGCGUGGGCCAAAAUAUCUCAAUUUGUUAGGUUUCGGGAGGGAAUGACUUUUUCCACACAGGCCCAGGUAACUUCAAAUUUUUUUUCCUGAAUAAAUCAUUAAAAAAGAAAAAGCAUUUCAAGUUCACAUGGGUUAUAUUUGUCUUAUAGUUACAUUUUUUUUUGGGUCAUCUUAAACAAACUGCAAAAAUAUACGAAUUUGAGAAGGAGGCCAAUACUUUUUUGAUGGCACUAUAGGUUGAAAAGGAUUUGCAAACCACAAAUUUAUUUUUAAAUAGUUUUUGCACAAUGUCCCAACUUCAUUGGUAUUAGGGCGUGCACUGCAAAAUUCUCACAAUGUCACAAAAUGUAAUGAGAACGACACGAUUUCACUUCAACAUACAGCGGCUGAAAUGAGUAUUUAACUCGUCACCGCACUUCCAAAGGUACUAUUGAUCUAAACAUUUCACCAGAUGUUGGGUACAACUCAAGUAAUCUCUACAUACAAAGAAGGUAGAAAAAACAAGAUCAGAAAUUAGGUUGUGGGCCAAAAUGUAAAAUGACACAGGGUGAAAGUAUUGAACAUGGGAAUAAAGAGAAAUCCAAAAAGGCAGAGACCCAAGAAAACACCUCAAAUCUAUCAGUAAUCCAAUAGCAAUUCAGCCACUGUUCAGUGGAAUUGAAUAUCUUCUGGUUCAGUCUUAACUCAUGGCCUACAAAAAGCUCUCUUUGCCAAAGAGUGGAUAAAGACACGUCUCAUGAAAAGGAAGAGUAGAGAGCUGCCUUGAGACCAACGCAAACUGAUUGUUGCAAAACAGAACAAUGCCAUAGGUUCCGAACAUUGCUUUGACCACAGUUGGUUCCGUUACGCAUAAGUGGAAAGCCAAUCAUAACACCAUCGAGUGCCUUGAUCAGGUGCUCCUCAUAAGAUUUCUGACAGAGCAGUGCAAAGAAUAAUCAGAAGAGAUGUCCAAGAGCCAAGGACCACCUGUGGAAAACUUCAAAAAAAGACCUCGAUGUAGCAGGUACUGCUGUCACAAGGAAAACAAUACCGUGAGAAAUGUACUCUGUUGGCACGGGCUGUAUGCACGCUUGCUACACAAGACCCCAUUGCUGGAAAAAGCAAGUGAAACUCAUUUGAAGUUUUCUGAACAACAUUUGGACAAGCCAGUUAAAUACUGGGAGAAGAUCAUCUGGUUGGGUGAGGUGAAUUAUUUGGAAGCCAGAGUGACCACGAUGUUUGGAGGAGAAACGGCACUGCAGAUCACCCGAAAAAUGCCAUUCCUACAGUGACGUUCGGCGGUGGAAACGUGAUCGUGUGGGGCUGCUUUUCAUCAAAUGCAACUGGUAUACUUCCCAUGAUUUAAGGGAAGAUGAAUGGGCAAAUGUACUGCAACAUACUUGACAAAAAUCUCCUUCCAUCCGGGAGGAUGAAAAUGAAACAGUAGUGAACAUUUCUGAAGGGUAAUGAUCCAGCCAAGGAUUCUCUCAAGUGGUUUCAAAAACAAGCUGGGAGAAUGACCAAGCCAAUCCCCUCACUUGAAUCCAGUUGAAAAACUAUGUUAAAAACUGAAACCUGUGGUCCAUAAAAGAAGCCCACAGAACCUUCAAGAUUUGAGGACUGCUUCUGUGGAGGAAUGGGCCCAAAAACACACCACACCAAUUCAGGUAACCAGUUUCUCCAUACCGGACGCUUCAUGAAGCUGUCAUUGCAAACAAAGGCUUUUGUACAAAAUAUUAAAUAGAGACCAGUUAUGUUUCAUAUUUUUUCCCUGGGUCAUUUCACACGAUUACACACAACCUAAUUUCUGAAGUUUUUUCCUACUUUCUUUGGAUUACUUGAGUUGUUCGCAACAUCUGGGGAAAUGUCCAGAUCAAGAUUACUUUUGCAAAUAUAUUUAAUUAGAAAAAUACUGACGUGCUAAAUAAUGAUUUCAGCCGCUGUGGUUGACGCCACAAGAUGCCGCCAAUAGUGAAACAAAUGCAAAAAUGCCACAAGAUGGCCGUGGGUGGGGGUCCUACAUUUUGAGGUAUAAUACAUUUGUCUGAAGAAAUGAUUCAAGGAAAUUUCCACCACUCUCAUGCUUCUCAUUGUAAAUGGGUAGCAGUCUUCAAGAAAAACCUCUCCACAGGGGUCCUGAUGCUCAACUACAUGUAGACCACCCUCCAAAAGAGAAAAUGCCUCCGCCAUCAUCUUCACUACACUGCAUAUCUUCCAAUUGAUUUCAGUGCUGCCUUGCAGGGGUUGUGGCAAAAUGUGGCGCCAAACUGAAGCUGCCAAACUUUAAAUCCUGACUUGUGGAAGUGUGUCCAAAAUGUUCCCAAGUAGGGGAGUGUCUGUAAUUGAUUCAUAUUUAUUUAAUGUGAUGAUGAGUCCUCCCCCCAGUGGCACAAACAAACAACAGGUCCUCGAGGGGUUCGGUGUUAGCCCGUGUCGUACGACAGACGUUGCCCUUUACCUCCGACUUUACCUCAUGGUGAGAAAAAAAAAUACGAGAGACAAAGCCUUGGGAAAAAUGUAUUUUGACAAACGUAUGAGGUCAGUUAUUAGUAAGGGGGCAGUUACAAUGACUACCACUGGACGGAACGCCAUGCGUCACUGUAAUGACAAUAAAGAAAACACAUCUUCCCAUCACCUCGCCACCGUGCCCCAAAGAAACCUAACUAACCUGAUCCACGGAUGAGUCAACACGUCCACCCAAAAGAUUAAAAAAAAAAAAAAAAUAGUGCAAUGAACAAUGUAUUAAAAGAGUAUUUUUGUACGUCAUGUUAGGGGAAAAGUGUGGUAACUGACUACUGUCCUGUGUUGUUGUGACCAAUAUGAAGACUUAGCUACGGCCAGAGAAUCAAAUGAGAUCUGAUACAAGAACUCCAUUGAGCCAAGGCACACAUUUUACACGACGAGAUAAAUCUCACAGCACCUCACUAAACAAAAAAUGUCCAAAAGUACAACCUAUUUGGGAGGGAUAACGACCCAGCCCUGCCAUGAAUAGCGAAGCUCCAAGAGCAACUUACCCCCCGCCCCCAGGAAGAUUUUAAAGAGGCCACAAAGUGGAAGCAAAGCACUUUUGUUGAAAUUAAAGUCCUCAUUUCACUUCAACAUAGUCCCUUUGCAGCAAAAUGCGACAAGAGGGCACCAAAGUAAUACUUUUAUUGUGAUGGCCUGAGCAUAGUUUUUAAGCAAAUAACAGAAAAGACAGAAAACCAUAAAAUAGAUGAAUUCACAAAUGAAAGCGACUUCUUUAUACUAAAAUAAAGCUGGCCUCAUUUCAAUUUACUGACAAAUGUACUCAUUGUGAAACACAAUUGAACACAAAGCUAUUAAUCACUCUGUUGUAUGAAUGGCAACAAGUGGAAAGACAGAUUAAGUGGACCUACGCCAACUAGUGGAGUUACCAUUUAAUUGUUCUCCCUGCCACUACACAUCACUAGCGUAGAUAGAAACAAACAGAUUACAUUAUUUGCAGGAAAUAAAUCAUGAGUUGGAAAUAGUGCUGUAACUGGCUACUGAACGACAGUCUUAGUAUUUAUGUAUUUCGAUCGCAUCCACUUCUACAGAUGUAUCAAACUAAAUGGCCUGGUGAGGAGCAAAUGACAACUUCCCGAAAACGUAGAGCCAUACAAGCUGCUACUUGAAACCCCUGUGCUCAUGUGUUUUUUUUUUUUUUUUUUUUUUUAAUCGCCAUGUUACACAUAAGUCGUCCUGAGCGGACACUGGCUAUAUUCAUGAGAUAACUUUUUUUUUUUAACAUAUUAAAUUGAAAAACAAUUUUAAAAAAAAUGAAUGCACAGACGUGCUGGAGCUUGAUUACAAAAAAAAAAAGAAAAAGGGACUGCAACUUAAUACUUCCACCUAUCUAAAUAUAGCCUUAAUUCCACCAAAUUGGAAUGGAUCAGAUGGGCAGGUAAAUCUUAUAAUCUGGUGCUUCAGCUCUAUAUUAUUCUUGAGAACAAAGGUAAACUUGAUUCUGAGGCUUUUCCAUUCAUUUUAGGUGCAAAGGUGCUUUGGUUUGCCAACAGUCUAGGAAAAAAAAAUGAAUAUGAGUUCCACUGUAGCUUUUCAUUUCAUCUAUUUGAAUCGCCAUGAACUUUGGCUGAUGCCAUCGCUAUUCUAGCUGCAUGGCAGUUUAUUUUCUAUGAUUUCUGCUCACAUAUCCAUCUAAAUAAAUUUGAAUAUCAGGUUAAAAUCUAUUUCAGUAGUUCAAUUGCAAAAAAAAUGAAAGACUAAUUGAACGCAUGGGAAAAUACUUUUCAGAGAGCAAAUUCCCACCUAAUUUCUGGAUCAAAUAGAUUUGUUCUUCUAAUUUCUCUAGAUGGUAAAUUUGAGGCAUCACUGCAAAACUACAAAAAAGAAAAUCCUAAAUGAAACAUUUUACUUUAAUGAGUUUCACUUUUGAAAUUAAACUUCUGCAAUUAAGUUUUCCACUAU